AGAUGGGAGGAAGUGUUACAAACAUGCUCGAGUAUUUAUGGUUGUUUUAUACUGGGACUUAUUGAACACCUGCCUGGUAUUUGCUUGGUAGGUACAGAAAUCAUCAGUAACUAAUUGGUCUUUGUGUUUAUCACUCAUACGCAUAUCAACAUAGAAGACAUUAAAAAAAAAAUUAAUUAUAAUAUAGGAAGACCACUUAAUAACCAAAAGCCUAAAAAAAAAAAUGUACAAUAUAUUUCUUUAAAUUAAAUAUUUAGUUUUAUUGAACACUUGCAAUUAAUAUAAUCAUGAAAUUGUUGAAUUGUGUAAUGGAAGAGAUAACUGAGACCGACUAAAAAAAUGGGAUCCAGACAUUAUAUAAAAAUAAAUAAUAUAUUUAUUUAUUUAGGCAUUUUUAUAUAGCGCUUAUCAUAAAGCUCUAAGCGCUUUACAAUUAUUAAAACAUGUAAACUAAGUAAAUAAAAAUGAGACACUAGGAUAGUAUCUACUAUACUAUAGAAACAAUGAAAAUGGCUAUAAAACGAGGACACUUUGACACUUCAGGAUCAACCCGAAACAGAAAAUGAGGUAGGGCAAGGAGGGUGCAUCACAGGUCAUAGGCGGACCUAAACAGAUGAGUUUUAAGGGACUUUUUGAAAAUNGGUAGGGCAAGGAGGGUGCAUCACAGGUCAUAGGCGGACCUAAACAGAUGAGUUUUAAGGGACUUUUUGAAAAUGGACGAGGUUUCACUAUGACGUAUAUGGAAGGGGAGCUGGUUCCAGAACGUGGGCCCAUGGAAGCAGUUAUCAAUAUCCUUUGAUUGUGAAGUCAGUCAUGGACCAUUUCAUUUUUUAAAGUUAUCUCUUAGAAUCUCUAAUUCUAAGAGAUGUGAAAAUUGAUUAUAUUUAUUCACUCUGUUUCUCUAAUAAACAACAAAUUUAUUUCUUAUUUAUAUUAUAUAUCUCUCCUUAGAAUGUUCUGGAUAGAUGCCAAGUUGCCUCUGAGCAUGACCCCAAAAGUCCAGAUUAUCAUGUCAGUGUUACAUUUCGUUCUAGUUAUUUACUCUAAGAUUUAUUUGCCAAAAACUUAAAUGUCACCAAAUCAACUAAAGACCAGUUUUUCAUUUACCAUUUAGCAUAGCAUACCUAUAAAAGAACAUGGAUAAAUUGUAUUAAACCUAUCAAUGCUCAUGUAGGUCUCCCUGCCAAUGCCAUUGACUCAUGGUAUGUGCAAUCAAGAUAAUUGAUCUAAUCAAAAAUAACUUUCACAUUUUAGAUAACAUACAACUUCAAGUACUUGGACACACCCACAAGUUGCUUAGAGACCACCAAAAAGAGCAAUAAUAAUGGUGGCAUUGUUCCUAUGAUGUCCUUAAAUGUAAGUAUUCAUGAGUUUUUAAGGCCUUUUUAUUUAUUUAUUCCUGCAUUCUAGAAAAAUGUUGAAUAAAAUGAAACACUUUUGCCUUUUUUAUUGUGUAGUAUAAUAUAUCCUAAAUAUUUAUUUUGAAUACACCAUUAAUUAUAACUUUUUAAACAAAAAUCAUUGUAAAAAACACAAUGGUCAUUAUGAAACACACAUUUAGCAGUCUAAAGUUUUUAAACUGCCACUGGCAUUCGCAACUGAUAAUAAAGUUAAAUCAAUUAUUUAACUUCUCAUUUUAGUCAGAACAAACUUUAAAGAAAAAAGGUACUAUUCUAUUAAUUAUUAAAUAUAUAUAAGUUAUGAUUUCAACAAACAAAUUCAACUUUUAAAUUAUACUUUUCUAUCUGUUAUGGUUACUUCAGGCCAUGGUUAAAAAUAACAGAGUUGACUGUCUGUCUCAUCCUGUAUGUGUUACAUUUUUACAAGUCAAAUGGUAAGAAAUAUUCAAUCAGUUCAAACCAAAGCAUACCACCUAUUUAUGCACUCCUGUCUUAUUAAAUGAUUGAAAAGAUAUAUAAAUAAAAUACAAUUAGGCCUACUUGUAUACAGCAUCUGACAUUAACUGUGAAAUGUCAAUAAUUGUUUAAGUUAAUAUUUUUAAGAGCUAAAAAGCAUUAAAAGUUGUGUAUUAACUAGUUAGUAUAGUUUUAACAUUUGUUUAAAUUUCCAAUUUCACUAUUUGAUAUAUUUUUAUCUAUAGGAAGCACUAUGGAGUUUAUGUCUACACAGCUUACUUAUUUGUAUACAUUGCCUUUCUGGCAUCCUUAACUUCAUUUGUAGUCAACCACAACUCUCUGCAGGUAGGUCCAAUAACUAUGGAAUUGUAGGUGACAUAUAUAUAUUUUGGGAGUUUUUAGGCAUUUUCUGUGCCAAACUUCAGAGUAAUCAUUUCUUUAUGCCUAAAUUUCAAAAGAUUUUUUAUUAAUUUUUUUUUUGGAUAAUUUAUUAUGGUUUAUUAGGAAUAAAAAAAGAUACAAGUUAUUAAAAAUGUAUGAAACAAACCUUUCCCAUGGUUAAUUAGGCUGUUCUUACAAUGGUUUAUAAUUAAUUAAACUUCCAUGAGAUUCAGACAAUUUAAAACAAAAGAUAGCUUUUCCCUUAAUAUUAAGCUUUUUAAUAAUAACAAAAGUCAAUCUUAGGAAAUAAGACCUACAUCACAGCUAAGAAACCUACAAGACUUUUCUUUUUCUUUUUUUAUAUGUAACUGAAAAAUUGCCAUGUCAAAAAUAUAAAAUAAUCUCAGGUUAGUUAUUUUAAAAUACCUAUUGUACUUUACCACCUUUGCAUUUUUUAAACAUCACAGGCUUUCAUUGGAAAAACCUUGCAAAACCUUUGGUUUUAAGUUAUGUAGCAUGAUUUGUCUAGACUUUUUAAUUUUGAAUGAAAAUUAUUAGAUGAAAUAAUGGAUAUUUGUGUUGGUUGAUAUUUUAUUUUUAUACAGAAACAUUGCUUUACAUUUUCAGCACUAUGAUCCGGACUGUACUGAAAAUACAACAAUAAAAUACCUCGAU